CCUCACAGCGCCGCUCCCGCGCCAGCGCCGCGCCUCAGGCCGCCGCCAUGGGCUGCUGGGGCCGCAACCGCGGCCGGCUGCUGUGCAUGCUGCUGCUGACCUUCAUGUUCAUGGUGCUGGAGGUGGUGGUGAGCCGGGUGACCGCGUCGCUCGCCAUGCUGUCCGACUCCUUCCACAUGCUGUCGGACGUGCUGGCGCUCGUGGUGGCGCUGGUGGCCGAGCGCUUCGCCCGGAGGACCCACGCCACGCAGAAGAACACGUUCGGCUGGAUCCGCGCUGAGGUGAUGGGCGCGCUGGUGAACGCCAUCUUCCUCACGGGGCUGUGCUUCGCCAUCCUGCUGGAGGCCGUCGAGCGCUUCAUCGAGCCCCACGAGAUGCAGCAGCCGCUCGUCGUGCUGUGCGUCGGCGUGGCGGGGCUGCUGGUCAACGUGCUGGGGCUCUGCCUCUUCCACCACCACAGCGGCGAGGGCCAGGGCGCGGGCCACGGCCACUCGCACGGCCACGGCCACCUCGCCAAGGGCGCGCGCAAGGCGGGCCGCGCGGGGGGCGAGGCGGGCGCGACGCCCGGCCGCACGCCGGACCAGGAGGAGACCAACACGCUGGUAGCCAACACCAGCAAUUCCAACGGGCUCAAGGCGGACCCGACAGAGCCAGAGAAAUCCAGACACGAUGACCCAGUGGACGUACAAGUUAACGGGAAUCUGAUCCAGCAGCCUGAGCGCCUGGAGUCAGAAGACAGCAAGGCCGGACAGCUGAACAUGCGAGGGGUGUUCCUGCACGUCCUCGGGGACGCCUUGGGCUCCGUGAUCGUAGUGGUGAAUGCCUUGCUGUUUUUCUUUUACUGGAAGGGCUGUUCUGAAGAGGACCUUUGUAUGAACCCAUGUUUUCCUGACCCCUGCAAAUCGGCUGUGGAGAUAGUCAACAGCACCCAGGCCCCGGUUCACGAGGCUGGGCCAUGCUGGGUUCUCUACCUAGACCCAACUCUCUGUAUUAUAAUGGUUUGUAUACUUCUUUACACUACCUACCCACUGCUUAAGGAAUCUGCUCUCAUUCUUCUACAAACCGUUCCCAAGCAGAUUGAUAUCAAGCAUUUGGUAAAGGAGCUCCGAGCUGUUGAAGGAGUUGAGGAAGUUCAUGAGUUACACGUCUGGCAGCUCGCCGGAAGUAGAAUCAUCGCCACUGCUCACAUCAAAUGUGAAGACCCAGCUUCAUACAUGCAGGUGGCCAAAACCAUUAAAGAUGUUUUCCAUGACCAUGGGAUCCACGCGACCACCAUACAGCCUGAAUUUGCUAGCGUAGGCUCCAAGUCAAGUGUCGCCCCGUGUGAGCUUGCCUGCAGAACUCAGUGUGCUCUGAAGCAGUGCUGCGGGACGCGGCCUCAGGUCCAUUCAGGGAAGGACACAGAGAAGGCCCCCACAGUCAGCAUCUCUUGUUUAGAACUCAGCGAGAACCUGGAGAAGAGGACCCGAAGGACUAACCCUGAAGGCGGCCUCCCCGCUGUGGUGAUAGAGAUUAAAAACGUGCCAAAAAAGCAGCCCGAAUCAUCUUUGUGAGUCUCGAGGGAAAAGAUGAGAUAUUUGACUUUUGCUUUUUAACUGCAAGAGAAAAUAGACUCCAUUGAAAUACUAAGUUUGCCAAGUAGUGUAACUGACAUCCUUGUCUGGUCGCACAGUUUAAUUCUAUUUUUGUAAGAGCAUAGGGGACUGCACAGUAGAGUGCUCUGCACUACAGCCUGUGAUCAUCAGUGUAGGCGCAGCUGUGCUGUAACAUGUUUUGAGAGCCAGUUUUAACACUAUGUUACAUUGUUGUUUAAAGUAAGUAUAAACCUUAUAUGAUGACAUUUGAUUCCCGGUUUUCCCAUGAUAAAAGUUGCGGGGGAGGGGUAAAUAAAAUUGUUACUGGAAUUUCUCUGCUUUUCUUUCCCCACCAUUGUUGUAUAUUAUUUCUUAGAAUUAUAAUUGCUAGACCUUUAACGUCACCAAGUUUGUUUCCUCUGAUGUUUUAGGGAAUAGCUAGUUGCCCUUUGAGAUCAUAAACAUAGCAUAUUUUCAGAAUGGCUCAUGACUAUUACCAGGAAGUAAGGUUAGCUACUAUUCUGGACUCUUUACUCAGUAGUAAUCUCUCCCACGGUGAGAUAAUUCACAGGAUGGAGUACAGUUUACACAUAGUGGAGCAUAUAAGGGAUAAGAGCAGGUAAGAAGGCGAGCUAAGUAGAUGAUUAUACGUUAAGGUUACAUCUCUAAACUAUCUUGAAAUUUUCAAAUGGUUUUAUUCUACCAAAGUCAGCCCAAACAUGUUUGCCAGUGUUGCUUUCUUUCAAAGAUUGGUAUUAGCAAUUAAAACAAAAGGUUCUAAAUGCAUGAAUAUUUUUGGGAAUGCAGAGUUAGUCUUGGCUUAAGUGCAAACUAUUAAUCUUAAAUUGUGUCUUUGGAAAAAACCCUCAGAUGAGUUGGACACCUUUCUUAACGAACAUCCACCACAGUUUGUGCUUUGCCAAGAGCCAGUGACUUGAAAGAAAGAAA